AUGUCUCUUAGCCAUACUCAACAUCAUCUAAAUUCCAAGCACAAUCGAAUCAACUCAAAAUGUUGACAGAUCGCGACCAAAACUGUCAUCGAGCAAAAUCUUCGUUUAUAUAGACCUUGGUCUGAGCGCCGUUUGUCGAUUGGGUCGGCAGGUAGGCCCAGCUGUCAAACAACGUUUUUCGCAACAUUAUCAGCUGUAUUCGUUCUGCCGCGUUGUAAGCAGAAGUGAAAUUGUAAAAUAUUGGUUCAACGGGGAAAGAAAAUUGCGUCGGGAAAGCAGCCUCAGGUUCCUAACGCCUGAAAAUGACGAAAACACGCUUCAACACGUACGAUGUCGUGUGCUCCGUGACGGAGUUACAGAAAUUGAUCGGCAUGCGAGUGAACCAGAUCUAUGACAUCGACAACAAAACGUAUCUGAUCCGGUUGGCCCGGAAUGAGGAGAAGGUUGUGCUGCUGAUGGAAUCCGGCCUGCGAUUUCACACCACCAGCUUCGAGUGGCCGAAGAAUGUGGCUCCGUCCGGGUUUACGAUGAAGAUGCGCAAGCAUCUGAAAAACAAACGUCUCGAAAGUUUGCGACAGCUCGGCGUGGAUCGUAUCGUAGACUUUCAGUUUGGAUCGGGUGAAGCGGCGUAUCACAUCAUUCUGGAACUGUACGAUCGGGGAAACAUACUGCUCACGGAUUGCGAUCUGCGCAUUCUGAACAUACUACGACCGCACGUAGAAGGGGAAGAGUUGCGGUUUGCGGUGCGUGAAAAAUAUCCCACGGGUCGUGCCAAACAGGACAACGGACCGCCGUCGAUGGAGCAGAUUAAGGAAGCGAUUGCGAAGGCACAUCCGGGCGACACAUUGCGCACGGCACUGAACCCAAUACUGGAGUACGGCGCAUCGGUGAUCGAUCACGUGCUGCACAAGCAAGGGUUGUUCGGGUGUCGUAUCGGGGGUGAGCUACCGAGCGAUCCCGCACUGCCCAAGAAGGUGAAGAAGAAACAGAAAAACAUAGCGAAAGAGUUUUCGAAGGUGUUCAACAUGGAGACAGACCUUGCACCGCUGAUGAGUGCCAUCAACGACGCGGAAAACAUGCUACGCGAAGCUCAGAAACAACCCUCGCCCGGGUACAUCAUACAGAAGAAGGAAGUGCGCCCGACAAAGGAAGGCGAGCAGGAGGAGUAUUAUUUCACUAACCUGGAGUACCAACCGUACCUGUACAACCAGUACCAGGGGGAACCGUUCAAGGCGUUCGAUUCGUUCACGACGGCGGUGGAUGAGUUUUACUCUUCGCUGGAAAGCCAAAAGAUUGAUCUUAAGGCGUUCGCUCAGGAGCGUGAAGCGCUGAAGAAGCUGUCCAACGUCAAGACCGAUCAUGCUAAACGUAUCGAGGAGCUGACGAAGGCGCAGCUGGAAGAUCGUAAGAAGGCGGAGCUGAUAACGCGCAAUCAGGAUUUGGUAAACAAAGCGCUGCUCGCUGUGCAGAGUGCCCUGGCAGCGCAAAUGUCCUGGACCGACAUACAGGAUCUGGUGAAGGCGGCCCAAGCAAACAAGGACCCGGUGGCAUCCUGCAUUCGGCAGCUAAAGCUCGAGAUUAAUCACAUUUCGCUGUAUCUGACCGAUCCGUACGCGUCGCUGGAUGAGCAGAGCAGUAGCGAAGAGGAAGACGACAGCGAACGGGAGGACGAUGAGGCGAAGCUGGAACCGAUGGUGGUCGAUGUCGAUCUGGCACUGUCGGCCUUUGCCAAUGCGAGACGCUACUACGACCAGCGUCGGUUCGCGGCACGCAAGGAGCAGAAAACGAUCGAGUCCAGUUCGAAGGCGUUGAAAAACGCCGAACGCAAAACGAUACAAACGCUCAAGGAUGUGCGCACACAAACGACCAUCUCGAAGGUACGGAAGGUGUAUUGGUUCGAGAAGUUCUAUUGGUUCGUUAGCUCGGAGAACUAUCUGGUGAUUGGUGGUCGGGACCAGCAGCAGAACGAGCUCAUUGUGAAGCGAUACAUGCGACCGACGGACAUUUACGUGCAUGCCGAGAUUCAGGGCGCAUCGAGCGUAAUAAUCAAAAAUCCUGCUGGAGGAGAAAUUCCCCCGAAAACGCUGCUAGAGGCGGGCACGAUGGCCAUCUCGUACAGCGUUGCCUGGGAUGCGAAGGUAGUAACGAGCGCCUACUGGGUGCACAGCGAUCAGGUCAGCAAAACGGCGCCCACCGGCGAGUAUCUCACGACCGGUAGCUUCAUGAUCCGAGGACGAAAGAAUUUCCUGCCGCCGUGCCACUUGGUGCUCGGGUUGUCGUUUCUCUUCAAGCUCGAGGACAGCUCGGUCGAGCGUCAUCGGGGCGAGCGCCGGGUGCGAACAUUUGACGAUGAGUCGGUCGUCAGCAAGGACGAUGUACGGUCGGAAAUUUCCGAGCAACCCGAUCAAGAAAUUAAGCUUGACGAUGUGGAAUCGGAUGGGGACGAUGAUCAGGAUGCGGGAACUUCAAAGGCUCAGCAGGAAACCGAAGGAAACGCUUUGCCUGAGAAGGUUUCGCAGUUGGCGAUUGUAGACGAAGCGGAAGAAGAGAACGAACGAGAGAGGGGACAAGACGGGGAAGAAGGUUUGCCCCAGUUCCCCGAUACACACGUCAAGGUGGAGCACGACACCGGCAAAGUUUCGGUGCGUUCCGAUCCUGUGCUGCAGCGACUAACGUCGGAACCGGACAACGAAUCGGUAAUAUUCCUCGGCGAUGAUAAGCCGUACAUCAUUCAACCAUCCGCACCGCGCAAGAAACAGAUCUCGAAGAGCAAGCAGAAGGCAAAGGACCAGAAAGAGAAGGAACAGAAAGCGAAGGAAAAACAGAGCGCCCAGGCAAAGGAGGACCCCCAGAAGCAGGGCCAGCUGAAGCGUGGCCAGAAGGCAAAGAUGCGCAAAAUCAAGGAGAAGUACAAGGAUCAAGACGACGACGAUCGGAAGCUGAUCAUGGAGAUUCUGAAAUCGGCCGGCAAUCGCAAGCCGGAUGAGGAAUCGAAAGAGGACGCAGCCAAGGAUGGACAGGGCGGUGAGAAGGGGGGCGAUCGGAAACGUACGCCACGCUUGAAACCGGGCGAGUUUGAGGAGCUGGGUGACGAUACACCGGCCGCUGCCGAUUUGGACAUGCUGGAUACGCUUACCGGACAGCCGGUAGAAGAGGACGAGCUGCUGUUUGCGAUUCCGGUGGUUGCGCCAUACCAAUCGCUGCACAACUACAAGUACAAGGUGAAGCUAACGCCCGGCACCGGUAAGCGUGGCAAGGCGAGCAAGAUGGCACUACAAAUCUUCCUCAAAGACAAGCAAUGUACGCCGCGCGAAAAGGAUCUGCUGAAGGCGGUUAAGGAUGAGGUGCUGGCCAGAAAUAUUCCCGGCAAGGUGAAACUAUCCGCACCCCAGAUGCAGAAAGUCCGAAAGUGAGCGGUGGCUGUUGUUGGCAUUGUAUCGUGUGUAAAACGUUACGCUUUUACUCAAUAAAAAUGUUACUCCACUAAAGAAGAUGA